AUGGGGACUGUCAACGGUGGAACAAUUAUCAGCUUCCCAACUCCUUCCUUAAACGCCCUUAACAGCCGAAUGCCGACCUUCUCCACAUUUCAACUUCCUCAGGGAAAUAUAAACAUGAAUGCUAACCGAAGCUUUUUCUUUCCUUCCUCGACUACCUUGCCCACCAUCACCUCCAACUCUCCUUAUCUACUUGCACCUUCCCUAGUAGCGAACGCUUCCAAAAAGAAUACCAACUCUGCGGAAAGAAGAGCAAACCACAAUGCCGUCGAACGCGCACGACGGGAGUGUCUAAAUAGUAAAUUUCAAGAUCUUGCCCAUGCUCUUCCUUCCUUAGCGCAAGUUCGCAGACCAUCGAAAUCGAUCAUCGUGCAAAAAUCCCUAGAAUUCAUUAUCCUUGCUCAACAAAAAGAUGAAUUGCACGAGAAAGAUUUACGAGAAAUGCGAAGUGAAAACGAUUCACUACGGGAGGAGAUUGAUAGACUUAGAAAGCAACUCGGACUGGAACCUCUCCCACCACGUGAAGAUAACCUUUCACCUUCAGAUGAUGCGAAGGAGGACGCAAUAUCAUCUAAUACCGAUAUAAAAACAACUGCUAUAAGUGAUGCAAUCAUAAAAUCCGAAGAAGUCCGUUCUGAUGAUGACGAAAACAGUGACGGUAAUUUGGAUGACGAAUACGACAUGGAUUCAACAGAUAUAAUGACCGGUAAGACGGGUGCACAAAGUCAAAAUAUUAAUGAAAGCCAACAACAUUCAUGUUUAUAUGAUAAUCAAUCAGAAUUAACAUAUAUGCUCGAUACCGGCUUUCCUCCUAACUUUGAUUUCUCAUCACUUCAAUUGCAUCCUUCACUGGAUCCGAUGAAUGAUGCUACUGGUAUCCCUUUAAAUUUUGAUAGCCCUGUGCAUGGCGAUAUUGGAAUGUAUAGUAGUGAUCCUUAUUCUCUAACUCAAAAAUUCUAUCCAUCUCCACCAUAUCAAGCCGCAAUUCUGGACAUGAACGGUCAUAUGCCUGGUUAUUCCUUGUCACCCGAAUCUUCACACAUGUAG